UUGAGGGGUAAUGAAUAAACCUCAUUAUUUGAAUGAAAUUGAUAACACUACACAGUACACUAGUCAACCAGUCGCGUUGGCAACUUCUUACUGUGCGAACGUGUUAUCUAAUCGCUUCUAAUCCCUAACUAACGAUGAAUUGUACAUGUGACUUUAUAUUGCCCACGCAAGAUGGUUGGAAUAAACAUUAUGACAACUGCAAAACGAUUUGGAAACACGAUAGAUAUGAAUAUCCUAAAAACAAGGAUGGGUCAAUGCAACUACCAAAUAAGCACUUAUCUAAGCUUGACUGUGACAUUUUAUACCAUCUCGGAUUUGAUACUGCGAAACAUGAUCUACCAGCAAUGUUUGGUGACGUAAAGUUUGUAUGUAUGGGAGGAACUAAAUACAGAAUGAAGGAUGUAGCUGCACACAUGAGUAAGCUAUUGAAUAUUCCGUGUGACUUCAACAACAUGGUCAAACAAGCACAUAGAUACGUUAUGUAUAAAGUUGGGCCAGUACUGUGCGUUAAUCAUGGAAUCGGUAUCCCGUCGAUGACAGUUGUGUUGGAGGAAGUAUUGAAAUUGCUCUUUUACGCGAAGGCAAAGGACCCUAUUUUCUUCAGAUUGGGUACCAGUGGUGGAAUGGGGAUUCCAGCAGGGUCCGUUGUUAUUUCAUCAUGGGGUAUGAAUGGGACCUUGGAAAAGAUAUAUGACUUGCCAAUAUUGGGGAAAACUAAGACUUUCCCCGCGAUUUUCGAUCAGCGGUUAAACCAAGAACUAAAUUCUAUUGCGUCUCAUGAAGAUUUUAACACGUACGUAGGAGGAACGAUGGCUGCCAACGACUUUUAUAGAGGUGAGGGAAGAACCGACGGCGCAUUCUGCGACUACACAGAGUCGGAUAAAAUGGAUUUCCUACAGACACUUGUAGGCUUGGGGGUAAAGAACCUUGAAAUGGAAGCUACAGCCUUUGCUGCUAUUACAAAAGAAGCUGGACUACGGGCAGCAGAUCUAUGCGUAACAUUCCUUGAUCGUUUGCUCGGAGACCAGGUUACACCUGAUGCACAGACACUUGGCCAGUGGCAAAAACGUCCUGCUAUAAUUGUUGGUAAAUACAUCGAGGCCUACUAUAACACUAAAAAAUAAUAAGGAAAUAAUUACUACCUUUGCAAGAAUUAUUAAUAGUAAAUUGAAUGUAUAAAACAAUAUUGUUAUAGUAAUAUUACAUUUUUUGAUAAUUAAGGUCUAUUUUUAUUGG